AUGGGUCCCAAACUUCUCAAGAAAGGGGAGAAGUUCCCUCUUGACGAAAAUUGUCACCACUACACCAAACUCGGUGAAGUACCCUGGGACAUCCAAAAAUACUGGCACCAACGUUUCUCAAUCUUCGAAUUCUACGACUACGACAUCCACCUAACCGACUCUGCCUGGUUCGGCGUCACGCCCGAACCGGUAGCCACGCGCAUCGCACGGGACCUCUCCACUCACCCCAUCGCUGACGGAAAACGCGUGUUAAUCGACCUCUUCGGCGGCGCCGGAGGCAACGUGAUUGCCUUUGCUCUUUCCUCUGGGAGAUGGGAUCGCAUCAUUGCUAUCGAAAAGGACAGGUCGACGCUGGCCUGCGCCCAGCAUAAUGCGGAAGUGUAUGAUGUGCUCGAUAAGAUUACGUGGGUGCAUGGUGACUGCUUUGAGGUUAUGAAAAGGUUUUGGGAGACGAGGGGCACCAAGGGGAGGGGAAGGGAGGGUGGAGAGGCGGCAAAGGGGCAGGAACAAGAGGAUGACAACGAGGAACUGGAUGGCCUCCUAGCGGGAUUCAAGCUAGAAGAGUGUCUCGUCUUCGCCUCGCCGCCCUGGGGUGGCGUCUCGUACCGCGAUCAGGAGGUUUUCGAUCUUAGCAAGAUGGAGCCGUAUAACCUGGAGCAGCUGUACAAGGCAUGUACGAUGCCGGAAGAAGAAAAGGAGGAGCACCCAUCGACGCAGAAGCAAAAGCGCAUUCUGCCGCAGGCGCUGUUCUUGCCAAGACAAAGCGAUUUGAACCAGAUUGCCGCUCUGGUACCGGAGGGUGCUCCAAAGAUUGACGUGAUUCAGUAUUGUCAAAAGGGAGCAAGCAAGGCGCUGGUGGCUUAUUUGCCGGGGAAUAUUGACGCCGACAAGGAGGAAAAGAAGCAGUACGAGGAAAAUAGGGGGCAAAAGAAGAGGAAACAGGAUGACGACCAGGAGCAAACAAUACCAGAGCUACUCCCCGAGGCGCCAAAGGAGGCGUCGGAGGCCCAUGACGCUUACGACACCUCCUACGCCCAGGACAUCGAAGUCGACACCUCCAAAGUGGACAACGCCGAAAAAAGGAAGCGAAAACGAAGGAGACGCUCAUCGCACAACAACUAG